AUGCACCUCGACUUGGACCGCCAAAUGCAAUCAUGGACCUCGGAUUUGCAACUGGAGUCGCCUCUAUUCAGCAAAUUACCCCCCGAGCUCCGCCAGCGUGUGUUCGCGUUUGCCCUUAGCCCGCUCGAAAUACUUGUAGAUAACUCGUUUACAUUCGAAAGGGUCGGAGAAAGCAGGCAGCCGCAUGAUUUUCGGAUUAAGCACGACCACGAGGGCGACCCUGAUGACGACAUCGGGGAGGAACCGCGACGUUGGGUAAAUGGGAGCUCCAUGGGGAUUUGGAGUCGGUACCCUGAAAACACCGGCCCUGGCACCUACCAGUGGCACCUUUGCCCGACUUUGUUGGCAACCUGUCGACGCGUCUACGCCGAAUCGCACAUGUUUCUGUACAAUGCCGAACGCAGUUACAAUUGCGUGGACGGCAUAGUUCGUUCACGACACCGAUCCCCCCCAAGUAUCAAGUUUGCUGUAGAUGAGGCCAUUCCCUCGUCCUAUGCCGGGCGGCACAAAAAGCGGACCAGUGUAGGCCAUUGGAGUCGACAACGCGUAGAAUGGGAACGCCGAUUCACUAGCAUCGACUACCACGGAAAACUAUCCACCUUUCACAGAUUCCUGGCCAACACCCCCGGGCCCAUGGACUUUCCUUGGUCAUGCAUCACCACCAAACGUUUCCCCUGGACCAAGGUCGAACACGUGCGCCUUUUUACAUCGUAUAAAGAUCGGUGGCUCGAGGAAGUCAACACGAUGCAUAAUCGCUUUUACCAUUCCUGGCACCCGCUACUUCAAAGACCCGACGAGGUACCCGCCGUCGGACUUGAAAGACUCAAGCCUGCACACGGUCUCGAGCUGGCUGCCAAGCGGCAUUCGGAACUGAAAAAGUCUGAAGCCGAGGGCCGCGUCCAAGAGCAGCACCAUCAAAAACCAGGACGGCCGGGUUGGAUGCCCAUGUCGGCUGAUCGGUACCCCUAUGGUUCAUGGGCUCGGGAAUUUGUCAAUUUCCCACGUAUUAAAACCUUGACCAUGAACUUUCAUUGCCCGGAGGGCCAGCGACGCAAGCAUGAAGAUAUAAUACAGAUGGUUGUUGAUACGUGGCGUUUUCCUCUCAAUCCCAAACAUACUGGCCAUCACUACCUGUCGAUAGACCAUGUGGAAAGAAUCUCAUGGCGUGGCGAUAAGUGCAAUUGGAUAAACCAACCCGACGGCUCGCCGGGAGCGGCCACCAAGAUUGAACGGAAUAUUGGGCCUAGAAUGUACACGUGGACCGUUGUGUGGACGCCCAAGACGUACGACGGACCUGAGACGUACCCUUACGGAGGUUUGGUUGAGAUUGGCGAGAGGGACUAUCAAGAGGAAGGGGAUUCCGAUUUGGAUGAAGACGAGGAGGUUGAUUGGGAGGAAUGGGGUGAGGAGCCGCCGCUGGAUGAAGAGCGAGGGCACAGGAGAAAGAAUAAACUUAGUGGUUAG